AUGCUCUACAGUCAUGUCACACUUCUCAUGCUUCGCGUCGUUGACGUCGUCGCCAAGACGACUGUUCAACAGUCAGCACGAAUGUUGGUGGCCGAGAUUCAUGGAGAAAUUCAGAUCGGUGCCCUCUUUCCAAUCCAUCGUCAAAUCGCCGGAUCAGAAAGUUGUGGAGAAAUAUGGGAACAAUAUGGAAUCCAACGAUCAGAGAUAGCAAUGCUCACAGUUAAACAGUUGAAUGAAGAGUUACCGUUUAAAUUAGGUUUAUCUAUACGAGAUUCAUGCUGGACAGAACGAAUAGCAAUGGAGCAGACGAUUGCAUUUUUACGAGAAGGAGUGGCACAAUGUUCAUGUUGUCAAACACCUGGUUGUAAUAAGAAGAGUGUUCCAGUGGUGGCAGUUAUAGGACCUGGAAAGAGUUCAUCGACCAUUGCAGUUCAGAAUUUAUUACAGGUCUUUCGAAUACCUCAAGUCGGAUAUUCUGCCACCACACCUGAUUUAUCCGACAAGGAACAAUUCGGUUAUUUCCUUCGUGUCGUACCUUCUGACGUGUUUCAAGCACAAGCGAUUAAUCGACUUCUCCAUCAUUACAAUUGGACUUACGUUGCUGUUUUAUAUUCUGCAGGAAACUACGGAGAAAAAGGAUUCGAAAGUCUGGAGAGAUUGAUUGCCCAUCGAUCAUCAUCUGUCUGUAUAGCUUACUCCGAAAAGAUUAAAACUCUAGCAAGUGAUCAAGAAUAUAGACAGGUCCUCACUCGAUUGGAUUCUCAAAACUCUCGUCCUCAAGUGGUUGUCUGUUUCUGUGAAGGUGCUUCAAUGAGACAAUUUUUCAAAGCUCAAAAACAUUUGGCUGAUGGAAAAGGACAAAUGAAACGGUUUCAAUGGAUUGGAUCUGAUGGAUGGGCUGAUCGAAACGAUGUUGUGGAAGACCUGGAGCAGGAGGCUGAGGGAUCGUUUUCGAUUCGAAUUCAUGCUCCGAAGAUUCCAGGAUUCAGACAAUAUUAUACUGCACUUCAUCCAGAGAAUAAUACAAUGAAUCCAUGGUUUAGAGAGUUUUGGCAGCAGAAAUUUAAUUGCCAAUUUGCCGUAUCGAAAGAAGACAAGAACAAUGAAAACAUCAGAAUCUGUAGUGGAGACGAGAAUCUUGACGAGCAAUACAAAGAGGAUCCAAAACUAUCUCAAGUGAUUAAUUCGAUACGAGUUGUUGCUUUGGGACUGAAAGCUAUGUAUCAGGAUAGGUGUCGAGACAACUCGACUCUCUGCACUGAAAUGCUAUCGAGAAAUGGAACCUUAUUGUACGAAUAUCUGCUAAAUGUAACGUACAGUGAUCAGUUCAAACAGCCAGUUUAUUUUGAUCGAAACGGGGAUCCACCAGCAUGGUACGACAUUCUCAACUACAUCGGAACGAAAGAUCUUGAUAAUCCGUACAAUGAAGUGGGAUCGUUUAAAUCAAUAAAUGAUUACGGUGUCGAAGAAUUGGAUAUGACUGCUAGUUCAAUGUUUUACGAUAAAACUGAAAUUCUACCGGAAAGUGUUUGUAGUCGACCGUGUGGAGUUGGACAGAGGCAAAGAGAAACUAUGGCUUGUUGUUGGAUUUGUGAAUCUUGUCUUGAUUUUCAAUUCGUCAACAAAACAACGAAUCAAUGCAUGAACUGUUCUCUUGGAUCAUGGCCAAAUAUGAACCGAACUGGAUGUGAAGAUAUCAUUCCAGAAGUUGUCUCCUGGACAUCAUUUGGUCAUAUUCUUGCUCUAGUCCUUGCAGUAACUGGAAUCAUCACAAGUCUUGCCACUCUUGCUGUUUUUCUUCGACACAAUUCAACUCCAGUUGUAAAAAGUACCACUCGAGAGCUCUCUUAUAUUAUUUUAUCGGGACUUGUCGCUUGCUAUGCUGUCUCAUUUGCUCUUCUUGCCACUCCAUCGACAUCUUCAUGUUUUAUAACAAGAGUUAUUCCUCCGAUUGCAUUUGCUGUUGUUUAUUCUGCAUUACUGACAAAAACGAAUCGAAUAGCGAGGAUAUUGGCGGGGAGCAAAAAGAGGAUACUGACGAAGAAGCCGAGGUUUUUGACCACUUUUUCACAGGUUGUCAUCACAUGGAUUCUUGUCGCUGUUCAGUGCGUAAUAGUAGGCGUCGGCCUGAUGCGCGACUGGCCAGAUGCCACGUAUGCCAAGUAUGCACUGCCUCGAAAACUGAUCCUGGAGUGUGAUACGGAGACAAAAUCAUUUCUAAUUCCGUUCUUCUGGGACUUUUUUCUCAUCACUCUGUGUACACUUUACGCAUUCAAGACAAGAAACCUUCCGGAGAAUUUUAAUGAAGCAAAAUUUAUUGGGUUUACGAUGUACUGUACUGUCGUUGUAUGGAUUGCCUUCCUCGUUCUUCAUAUGGGUACAACUCAUAAAGCAUUAGUCAUGAGUUUCUCCUAUUCACUAUCUGCUUCGGUGGCUCUUGCUCUUCUAUUCUUCCCGAAGCUCUAUAUAAUUCUGAUGCAUCCGGAGAAGAAUAUUCGAGCAUCUUAUACAACUACAAAACUGAUUAGAUGUCACUUUGGAAAUUCUCAAGCUGCUUAUGAUAGUACGAGUAAACAACAACAUCUUGGAUCGAAGACAACUGCGAGAACUUCAGUGCAAAGUGGUUCGGCAAGUAAAUCGUCAAGUAUGGGAGGCGGAGUCACUCGAACGGCGUCAGUUCAUGUGCCGGUUUCGAGAGGAAGUACUCAUUCAACUGAUGUCUCAACACAGACAGAAGCUGCGAGUAAAUUCUCUCGAAGUUUUUCGAUAGUUGGAAGAAAGAAACAACAAGGGCUUGACGAUGAUGUUCAGCAGUUAGACGAGAAAAUCAACUCAUCAGCUGCCAACCUGCUACUAGAAGAAGCGGAAGACGAGGUAGGAGCACUUCUGGCUGAUUCAAUCGAGAAUAGCAUGCGAACAGUGUUAUCAACUGUUGCUGGGAAAGCAGUUGUUCCAAUGGUUCCAAUGGUUCCAAUGGUUCCAGUUAUUCCGGUGGUUACUGUACCAACUGCUCCCCCGCAAGAAGACAAUUUUGAACAGCAAAUGUUGAGUCCAAUGUCUUCCGUUGGAUCCGUGAGCUCAUCAAGAGCGUCUGGAUCACCAAGCCCACACUCUUUCGAUCAUUUAUCCGAUGAAGAACUUGCUCACAUCUCAGUCAGGCAACUUAAUCAAAAACUUAUGGGUCAAGAUAGAAAUGUGGUAAUGCAGUGGAAACAAAAAAGAAGAACUCUCAAAAACCGAGGAUACGCAUUGAAUUGCCGUGCACGACGAGUUCAGAAUCAGAUGCAAUUGGAGACGGAUAAUAUGAUGCUUAGAAAUCAGAUAAAAUUACUCAAAGAUACUCUAACUGAGGUUCAAAUGCGACUUCAAUACUAUGAACCCAUUUUCUAUCAAUCAUAUCAACCUGUUCUUCACAAUACAACGUCUUCAACAACCACGACAUCAUCUGAAUCUGUUCCAGCUGCCACUCAUCAAGUUCCAGCGGAUCCAACUGUCUCCUCGCCGAUUACCAUUGCACCGGAAUACAAGAAUAUCUUCUGA